UGAGUCACAGGGAGUCUCCAGCUGAGGAGGAACCUCCUGGACUGCGUCACUUCAACCAGAAACUCCAGGAGGAAACCCAUGGAGACGAAGAGGAGAACAACCAGGAAACCACGAGGAAGGCACCUGGUGGCUCAUUGCCAGGACGCCCACAGCCCGCAGGUAUAAAGGUCCCCCUGGGCCAGGAGCCUGCAGACCAGCCCGUCCUCUGCCCUGACCCCAGCCCAGCCCCACACCACCAUGUGCCACACCAGCUGCUCCACAGGUUGCCAGCCGGCUUGCCCUGCCCCCUGCUGCCCUCCCCUGGUCUGCAGGAGCUCCUGCAGGCAGCCGGCCCCCUGUGUGUCUCUGCUGUGCCGGCCCGUGUGCGGCUCCGCCACCUCCUGCCAGUCGGCAUGCGGCUGCCUGUCCCCAUGCUGCCCACCCACCUGUGGCCAGGCCUCCUCCUGCAGCCCGGCCUGCUGUGUGCCCAGCCCCUGCCAGGUAGCCUGCUGUGUGCCCGUGAGCUGCAGGCCCACUGUGUGCACACCUGUGAGCUGCAGGCCCACUGUGUGUGUGCCCGUGAGCUGCAGGCCCAUUGUGUACCUGGCCCCCUCCUGCCAGUCCUCCGGGUGCUGCCAGCCCUCCUGCCCCACCCUGGUCUGCAGACCUGUCCUCUCUUGCAGCCCUUCUUGCUGCUGAGCCUGUGGCCUCCCAGGACCCCUCCUCCACGUGUGGGGUCAGAAGCAGCUGGCUCUGAACUCCUCUGAGGCAGCCCAGACGUUGUUCACUUCAGACCUUCCGGACCCAACUAGACCACCUUGCAGCAAGGCCGCGCCGUCCCAGGCAGCCAGGCUGAGGGGCUCACCCCCCAGUGUCCCCUGACUGCUGUCCGGGUCAUCCGCCUGGUGCCCACACUGGCUGGUGCGGUGUCCAGACUCUGCAGCCUCCAGCAUCAAAGGUCUAAUAAACACCAUAGUGGAUGCUCA